UUACGGCGAGUACUUCCAGUUCGGCAUCCUGUCAAGUAGUUCUGAAAAAAAGAAACCAUUAUGUUUUGAGUAAGUGGGGGGAUCGAAUGUAAAAAUGUUGAAGUAUAUUCGUGCAGGUUUGUUUUAUUAAUUUAUCUUUUAUAUAAUGUGUAUAAAAAAAUCUAUAUAUGAGAUAAUUUGUGAGCCCUUUAUUACACCAAUUGGCAAAUUCAUCCGAUAACAAAUGGACUCGGAUGCAUAAAGUGCAAAGUUUAUUUCAUUUUUGUGCAUCUCUUAAUUACACUCAGAAAAUAAACACGGUAAUCAUUGUUUAUACUUGUUCAAGUCAAACAACGUAUUAAAUCAAAAUGUCAGGACGAGGAAAAGGAGGAAAAGCAAAAGCAAAGGCAAAGUCUAGGUCAUCCCGUGCCGGACUUCAGUUCCCAGUAGGUCGUAUCCACAGACUUUUGAGGAAAGGAAACUACGCCGAGAGAGUUGGUGCCGGAGCACCAGUCUACCUUGCCGCUGUCUUGGAAUACUUAGCAGCUGAGGUUUUGGAGUUGGCAGGAAAUGCUGCCCGUGACAACAAGAAGAGCAGAAUCAUCCCCCGUCAUCUCCAGUUGGCCAUCAGAAACGACGAAGAAUUGAACAAACUUCUCUCUGGUGUAACCAUUGCACAAGGUGGUGUUUUACCAAACAUCCAGGCUGUACUUCUGCCAAAGAAGACACAGAAAGCUGCCAAGUAA